GUGGUCUGGACCUUGGGCAAGGAUCACGUGACUAGCCUCAGCCACAUGCAACGUUUGAUGCUGGCCAGGUCAAUCAGCUCGAGCAGAUCGACCGAGGUAGUCAAGGAAGCAGAUUGUUCGAAUAGAAGUCCAGAGCAGUGCAUAUGUUCUCCCAUCAACCCCUUAUUGUCAGUAUUCCACGUGUGAGUUAAGUGCACAGGUGCUGCUCCGUACCUUAGUUCAUGCGCCACGGCAGCUGCCAAGACUUGGGAUCUUGGACCCUUCUCUCGGGACGUCAUUCCGCAACACACUUGCACCAUCUUACCCGCCGUAACCUCGAUCCACCAUGACGGCUCGGCCAUGUCCAUCAGGCAGCUCCCGGACGAAGUCGUGAAAAAGCUGCAGUCGUCUGCCAGCAUUACGUCCUUGCGUCAUGUCGCGAUAGAAUUGCUGAAGAACUCUCUGGAUGCCGGGGCAACUAAAGUCAACAUCACUGUUGAUUACGCUAGGGGCAAUUGCACAGUUGAGGACAACGGCCAAGGCAUCCCACCGGGAGACUUCAAAGAGAAUGGAGGUCUAGGACGGUCGCAUUGCACGUCCAAAUACCCGCCUGACGAGACCAUAUAUGGCAGACAUGGGGAUUUCCUAUCCUCGUUGGCCACGCUGUCCCUUUUGUUGGUGUCCUCUAAACACAAGCAACAUGAAUUUUGCAACUCGAUACUUCUGCACCAGUCAAGGUUGAUCUCGCGAUAUCUCCCAGCCCCGACAGAGCACCAUGUUCACGCCUUCGACUGGGGUACCCGUGUUGUUGCGCGGGAUCUGUUCGGCUCGAUGCCAGUGAGAGUGAAACAAAGGGGCUCCAUGUCGAAUGACCCUACUUUCGCUAGCAAGGAGUGGAGUCAACUUAUCGACGAUGUUGUCGCCGUGCUGCUCUCGUGGCAUGGUACAAUUUCACUGUUUCUGAAGGACGCCGCCUCAGGACGCGAGAUCCACUUGAAGCAAGACAACACCACCGAACUUUCACUGCGCGCUCCAAGGCUUCUCUCACAAGCAUUUAUUGUUGACCAGGCGCUUUCCGGCACAUGGAUUCCCUUGUCAGCGUCCAGUGGCGACAUUUCGGUCGAAGGCUGCGUAUCAACUGAGCCAGUCGCGUCACGAAGUGCGCAAUUCCUCAGCAUUGGGAUAUGGCCUGUCUCGAACAUACAUGGCACCAAUAUUCUGUACGAAGAGAUCAACAAGAUAUUCUCGAAUUCUAACUUUGGCGUGGUGGAGGACUCAUCCAGCAAGGUUCGAAAAGGAGUCGAACGUUGGCCAGCGUUCUACUUCCAGGUGCAGAUCCGUCAUUCUUUAGAUACAGAGAGUAUACAGCAGAUUCUCGACAACCGGACCGACAAGCUUAAGCACAUACUGGAUGCGAUCAAGGCUGUUUGCUAUGGCUUCUUGAAGAAACACCACUAUCAGCCAAAGAAGAUUCAAUUGCGGGACAGAGAGGCUGCAGCUAGGAAGCGACCUCGGUUGACCGCGGAGAGCCGGUGUCGAUCCACGUCACUAAGUCAGAGGCAAAGCCCUUUCGACGGGUGGCAACGUAUUAAGGUCGGUCACGCUACGGCCCUGCGCUCAAAGACGGUGUCACCUCAUGUCUUUGCAGAGACUUUAAGGCCGAGGAAGGAACGGUGGGUUGAUGCAGAUGGCCAGCUGUUGCGUCAGCCAUUUGAUGACCCAGAUGUUGAUCAUAGGCCUACGCCUGAGCCAUCACCAGCGCCUGUCAGCUUUCGAGCAAGGAACUCUCCAUCCCGCACUGCUGUUGAUCACGCCACAAGCUGCUCAGCCUCUUUAGCCAAGAGGUCAAAGCCUGAACCUACUCCUUGGCUGAAGGGAUUGCUCUCUACAUGGACCAACCCGGUCUUUGCGACUGUCCCUUCUGCGAUCCCUCGCACCUACAAUGACGAUGCUAUUGGAGACCGUACCGGCACGGGCUUCACUCAAUUCGCCCAUGAUACCGAUGAUUGUGGAAUCAUGUUUGAGUCAGGGUCUUUGAGUUUAUCUGGCUCCAUAUCGAAGGCUGCGUUGGAACAAGCUGAAGUAAUAUCACAGGUGGACCGCAAGUUCAUUCUCGUCAAGUUGACGCUGGAAACAAAGUCCCGAGAUUCGUCCUCCUCCUUGGUCAUGAUAGACCAGCACGCCGCGGACGAGCGUUACAAGCUCGAAGAACUACUAGCUACGUACUUUCACCACGAUGCCCAUGGCGACCUUACUGUAACGACCGAGCCUCUAGACUCACCUAUUCACUUCGAGGUUGGCCAUCUAGAAGGCGAGUUGCUGCAAAGAUUCCGCCACCACUUCCGCACAUGGGGCAUUGAUCUAGAGGUCCGCAACGAUGGAGGGAAAAAGGACGAAAGUGUGAUCCAGGUCACGAGCCUCCCUCCCAGUAUUCUCGAGCGCUGUCGUCUUGAACCACGCCUGCUGAUCAACCUGAUCCGUACCGAAGCGUGGAACUUGGCCGAGACGCGGCAGGCCCCUCUGCCGCCCUCUCGUGCUUCGGAGGGAUCUACACAUCCAUGGGCGGUGUACAUGAGUCGUUGCCCCCGAGGGAUCUUGGAAAUGCUCCACUCCCGCGCGUGCCGCAGUGCCAUCAUGUUCAAUGACGCUCUCACCAUUGAUGAAUGCAGGGCUCUGGUGAGGCGGGUAGCGCGGUGUGCGUACCCGUUUCAAUGCGCUCAUGGGAGACCAAGUAUGGCCCCUCUGCUUGACAUGGGAAUGGGACAGAACGCGGGUGGGAGUCUAGCCGCCGAGCAAGUGGGCAUGGAUUUGAAGGAAUGGACGGAAGACUAGGCAGUUGGUAAUGAUACCCGGCAUGUGGCCAGCAAUGUCAGUAACUAUACUCCGGAAAGCCUUCACUGGGUCAACGCCUGUGUACCAAAGUCGGCUGCCAUGCACAAGAGACUCGGUAACGCAUGUAGUAUUCGCCCUACGGGCCAAAGAUAGAAAGACAAAAUGCCACUUGGGUAUAU